CCAUGGUUGAGAGCAUAAGCUCCACCAAGAACCAAUUAAAGGCCACCAUCUCUCUUUUCUCUCUCUCUUUAUCUCUCUCUGAAUUUAAGGGAGAAAGAGAGAGUGAUACAUAGAUUGAGAGGGAUUUAGACAUCACUCUUAUCUCUCUCUCUCUCUACUUCUCUUCUUUGUUUACUUUGCUUCUUUGUUAGCAAAAAAAGGUGGCUAUUUUAUUGAAUUCUUGUGGUUGAUGAUGAUCUUUGGUGUUGGUGGUAUCUUCUACAAAGGAGGAGGAGGAGGAGGAGGAGGAGUAGAAGAAGAAGAAGAAGUGAAGGUUAUUAUAUUAUAUAAGGUGUGAGUACAUUGGCAAAGGUGUUAGUUUGGUAUUCCAAUAAAUUGAAAGUUUUGGGAAGAUGAUGACAAGGAGGGGAGUGGAGGUUCUCCCUCCAUCUUCAGCUUGUUUUGGCAACUCCAAUUGGUUGUUGAGCCAGAGCAGGAGUGGGAUUUGGACACCAGAUGAGAACAAACUCUUUGAAGAUGCACUUGCCAAAGUAGACAGCAACAUUCCUGAUAGAUGGGAGCAAGUAGCAGCAGAAAUCCCUGGCAAGACAGUGGAUGAUAUCAUUAGCCAUUACCAAGAUUUGGAGCAUGAUGUUAGGUACAUUGAAGCAGGGAUGAUCCCUGCUCCUGGUUAUGGCUCCUCAUCCUUCACAUUGGAUUGGGACACCUCCUUUGGCUUUGAUGGCUUCAAGCACACUUAUGGUGUUGGUGCGAAGAGAUCCGGUGCUGCUCGUCUUUCCGAUCAAGAGAGGAAGAAGGGAGUCCCUUGGACUGAAGAAGAACACAGGAGGUUUCUAAUGGGGUUGAAGAAGUAUGGAAAAGGGGAUUGGAGGAAUAUCUCUAGGAAUUUCGUCACUUCCAGGACUCCUACUCAGGUUGCUAGUCAUGCUCAGAAGUAUUUUAUUCGGCUUAGUUCCGGUGGCAAAGACAAGAGAAGAUCUAGCAUUCAUGAUAUCACAACUGUUAAUUUGCCCGAUGAAGCUCCGGCCUCUCCUUCUCAUGCUUCUAAUUCAGCUAUCGCCCCGGGGACACCUGAUAAGUAUUCAGUAAUGGCCGGCUCGACUAAGAGCACUGUCGGUCAAUCACCGUCUCAAAUGCAUGGCAAUCCGUUUUCACAGCUACCAUAUGGUUUGGCUCAUUCUGAAUUGAAGCAGGUUCAGAAUUCAACUAAAAACAAUUUCAAUUCUAUGAUUGCCAACCACAGCAAUAUGUUUCAGAUGCUGUCCACUCACCUUCAUCCUCAUGGCUAAGAUUUUCUUGCAAGCGAAUUUCUUCGGAAAACAAACCUUUGUCCAUGUGUCUUUCCUAAAUUUCAUGUGAACAUAUGUCCGCGAGAUCGAGCAUUGUAUCAUCAAGUAAAAUGUUUUCGAAAUUCAUAACGAGGAAGGAUUCGAGGAUGUGGGUUUCAGUUGAAUCAUCAAUUUUUAAUUCAUUAUUAUUACUUAAAAAAAAAUCUAUGUGGAUAGUAUUCAAGAAGCACAUGCUGAGCAAUUCUUCAUCAGCCGACGACGAAACCAGAUAAAAAUGAUGUUUUUCAGCAGAAAACUCUGAAAUUUGAUCAUGCUUUUUCAUGAGAGGUAUGUAUGAAUUUGAAAGCUGUUCUUUACAUUGUAUUUUAUGCACAAGGAUCUGAUCUAA